GAGGAAGUUUGUCCUUCGCCGGUGCCCGUCGGAAAGCUGGAGUCGGGAACGCGAAGAUCUAAUGGAUGGUUGUCAUGGCGGCGGCUGCAGCUGCGGAUUCGCUGUGGGAGGACCGAGAUGUUCGCUUUGACAUCUCUUCUCAGCAAAUGAAAAUGAGACCAGGGGAGAUCCUCAUUGAUUGUUUGGAGCCUAUUGAAGAUACCAAAGGCAACAAUGGAGAGAAAGGCAGACUCUUAGUAACAAACUUAAGAAUUAUUUGGCAUUCUGUUGUAUUGCCUAGAGUCAACCUCUCUGUUGGCUACAACUGCUUUGUGAAUACAACAACAAGAACUGCUAACUCGAAAUUAAGAGGACAGACCGAAGCACUUUAUAUCUUAACCAAAUGCAAUAACACACGUUUUGAAUUCAUAUUUACAAAUGUGAUUCCUGGGAGCCCCAGACUUUUUGCUUCUGUUAUUUCUGUUCACAGAGCUUACGAAACAUCAAAAAUGUACCGUGAGCUGAAGUUGAGAUCUGCAUUAAUUCAGAACAAGCAAUUGAGAAUGUUACCAAAAGAACAAGUGUACGACAAAAUAAAUGGUGUUUGGAACUUAUCUAGUGACCAGGGAAACCUGGGUACAUUUUUUAUUACAAAUGUAAGAGUAGUUUGGCACGCUAAUAUGAACGAUAGCUUUAAUGUCAGUAUACCAUAUCUGCAAAUUCGUUCUAUAAAGAUUAGAGAUUCAAAAUUUGGCUUGGCACUUGUCAUUGAAAGUUCUCAGGCGACUGGAGGAUAUGUGCUUGGAUUUAAGAUUGACCCAGUUGAAAAACUGGAGGAAACUGCAAAAGAAAUAAAUUCAUUGCAUAAAGUGUUUUCAGUCAAUCCUAUAUUUGGAGUAGACUAUGAAAUGGAAGAAAAGCCUCAACAGCUAGAAGAUUUGAAAGUAGAACAAAUAGAGGAAGAUGUAGAAAUAGAGGCAAAUGAGCCGACAGAUGCCUUUGUGGCUUAUUUUGCUGAUGGAAACAAGCAACAAGACCGUGAGCCUGUUUUUUCCGAAGAGCUAGGACUCGCCAUAGAGAAACUGAAAGAUGGAUUCACAUUGCAAGGACUCUGGGAAGUAAUGGGUUGAUAUUCAUCUUAAAAAGAUGUAAUAAUUGACAAAAUAUAUUUUGUCUCUAAAACUCA